AUGAGAUUUUUCUUAAUAACCUUUUCAAUCCUCUUGUUGCUGGCGACCCAAGGGGGACAAUCUGCGUUUAUUCCAACGCUUUCUCCAACAUCCACACAAUCCAUUAACCUUGAAACCACUGAUACUGAAAUAUCGUUACCCAAACCCACUAACCUCGAUGAUAAUAUUACCAAUUUGGUAGAUGGAUGUGCAAUAAUUCACAAUAAAUUUAAGGCAGCAAACAUAUCCGGACAAGAUCUUUCCUUUCCCGUUUCGGAUGUCAGAUCUUGUUAUAAUUCAUUUAAAUUUGAUGAUAACAUAAGAACUGGCACAAUAGAUACUAUUAAGAAAAUUCUCAAUGGAUUUUAUGUGUUUAUCGAUCAAGUCAAUAAACCUCCCGAACCCGGUUUCAAUUUUGACUCGUUUGACAUCUUGAAAGAACUUGAUUCCUUAUCUAAAAAAGAGUACAAUGAUGACUUUGAAUUCACAACUGAUGUAAUCAACCUAAUAAUUAAGAUGAAAGACCCGCAUACUUUCUACUUUCCAAUUUGUUAUACAAGGUUCACUUUCACUCAACAGUUGGCCCUAUAUUCCAUAGUUACAGAUGAUGGUUCACAACUUAUCAAAGUCUUCAAGGAUAAUUUGGACUCGAGUAACAAAAAUUGUGUGGUCGAUACGAUCGAUGGUAAUCCAGCGUUGGAUGUUAUCAAACAAUUUGCACGCGACAAUGUUUUCGUCUCCAAAGAUCUUGGCGUUCGAUUCAAUAUGGCAUUGGCUUCAUUGGCUUCAUUUAAAGGAAAUCUCCAACUUCACCCGAGAUCUUCUCAAUUCAAUAUCCGAUUAAUCUUACCCGAUAAAGAUUCCAUCACUUAUACUUUGAAAUGUGGUUCAGAAACUAAAACAGUUGUAAGAGAGUGGAUGGCUUUUAUAAACAACGGAGAAGAUCUUAAUAGCUUCUCUGAUUCUUCUUCUUACUGGUCAAAAUUCUGUGUCAAUCCUUCCGCUUCCACACCUUCUCAGCCUUCUAAAUCUACCCAACCUCCUAAAUCUACCCAACUUCUUAAAAAAUCCACUAAACCUCCUAAAUCUACUAUAUCUCAACUUCCUGGACGUUCUCGAUCUUCUAAACCUAAAAUUUUACAACGUUAUAAAUCUUCAAAAUCACGUUCAAAAUUAGGAAACUCGAAACCUAAACAAUAUGACUACGUGGAUCGCCGUCAAAGGCAUCGAUCUCAGAAUAAUUUUGACCCUCUGAACAUGAACGAUGUUAAUUUGUUCAAAGAAGAUGUCGUAUUCAGUGAUGCCACGUUAGUUGCUGAUGCAAAAUUGGCGCGAUUUUAUAAGUUGAAUAGUAAAAAUAAUAUUGGGGUUGCCAUGAUUUCGACUGAAGAUCCUACUGAUCUUUUCACAAGUGACGAUGAUGCUUUUACAAGUCUUAGGAACGGUUUCAAAUCAUUGGCAGAUACUGGUGUUACCAAACUCAUUCUUGAUUUGUCGAAUAACGAAGGUGGUUCAACAACUAUUGCUCAUUUUAUCAAUAAAAUAUUAUUUCCUGCUACAUAUCCUGCUUUCCCAACCGAUUGGAGCCUUACUGACAUUAAAAAGGCUGCGAUUGAAGCCGUUGACGUUAAAAAUCCUCCAUUUUCCUUGUUCGACUGCAACCUCUAUCUAACUUCCCCUGAUGCAUUACCUUUUAACUCUACUGAUGAAUUUCUUAAAGUAAAAGGAUUUGGAUUUGAAAAUGAUAAAGAUCAAAUAGAUGGAUUCAUUAAUAAAAAUCCCAUUUCUUUGCCUUGGAAUGCAACUGACAUGGCUAUUCUUACAAAUGGAUAUUGUGGAUCUGCUUGUUCGUCAAUUGCAUUACACAUUGCUGAAUUGAAUGAUGUUACGACUGUUUCAGUUGGUGGUUUCCAAAAAAUUCCGUUAUCAGUAAGUUCUUUUGCUGGUGGUGAAGAAUUCAUUUUUACCGACCCUAACAACGGUUUUGAGGAUCUUGUAAAAGACCUGAACAGAUUAGGUUUAUCUGAUAACAAGCAAACUCCACAACAGUUUCCAACAAAUAUUUUCUUUCCAUUUACAAUAAGAAGAGCUUUUAGUAUCAAAAAUCCUGAUCAAAUUCUUGAAUAUUCUUUCAGACCUGCAAAAAAUCAGAUUAAUUAUAAUGAUCAAAAUGUUAGAGACCUCAGCAUUGUUUGGGGUCAAGCUGCAAAUUUCCUUCCAGUAUAA